UCCACCUCUGCAACUUUAACCUUAAAUAAUUAUUCACCCCCCUCUUUCCUUUUUUUCUACUUAUAUUAAUUCCUCUUUUUUUCCAACUAUGUCCUCACUCUUUUCUUAAAUCUCCAAAUUCCGUCUCUUUCUAUCCUCUUCAUCAAACACUGUGAUUCCAGCCCCACCAAUAAGAUAGUAGAGUUUUCCUUUGCACUUUGUAUUCUUUUGCCUAUUUAACUUUCUGAGCAGCACUUCCUCUUUACUACCCCCCUCUUAUGGGUUCUUUCUAAUAAGGUAAUUUAUUUAAUUUAUUGGAGGUGCUGUGUUUGUUUAUUUUGUGGUCUUGAAGAUGCCUGGAGUUGUUAUGGAUGAAAUUCAUGAAGAAGUUGAGGUUAAAGAAUUGAAGGAAAAUGGAAAUUCAACACCUUGUAAAGAGAAUGCAGUUGUGAAUGAGUCCCCUGAGGGUGCUUUGACUCAAAAUCCUCCGAAUGGGGGAGCGGAGUAUGCAGCUGAUGGGGUGGUUGAGCCCUCCAUUGAGGAGCUCUAUGAGAAUGUGUGUGAGAUGCAAAGCUCUGAUCAAUCUCCAUCUAGGCCUAGUUAUGGAUCAGAUGGUGAUGAAUCCAGGAUUGACUCAGAGCUUCGCCAUCUUGUGGGCGGAGAAAUGAGGGAAGUAGAGAUAAUUGAGGAGGAUGAGGAGGUGCAAAAGCCAGAGAGUGAUGAAUCUAUCUGCGAUUCUGGCUCUAAGAAGGAAACCUCUUCUGAUGUGAAGUUGGAUAAUUCCCUAUCAUCGAGUGCAAAGACUCCUUCUUCAGGGCAACCCAAGACACCCUCCCAGUUGGAGUUGGAAUCAGAAACUUCAGCGAAAUCGAAUCCAAAGGGGAGGAAACCUUCCAUUGAAAAGAAAAAUGAAAAUAAUUCUAGGAAGGCAGUUGUGGGAGGUACAUCAAGGAGUAAGAAGAGUUCACCUGCUUCGGGAUCAAAAUUGAAGAAUGGGACUGAGGAUUCAUCUGAUUCAGGUUUAGACAAUCCUGACCUUGGCCCUUUCCUUCUUAAGCAAGCAAGAGACUUGAUUUCUGGUGGGGAUAAUCACCAUAAGGCUCUUGACUUGGCUCAUCGAGCGGCAAAAUCAUUUGAGAAAUGUGCCAAUGGAAAGCCUAGUUUGGAUGUGGUCAUGUGUUUGCAUGUGACUGCAGCAAUAUACUGUAAUUUGGGCCAGUACAACGAUGCCAUUCCACUGCUAGAGCACUCAUUGGAAAUUCCGGUGGUUGAAGAAGGUCAAGAACAUGCCCUUGCCAAAUUUGCUGGUUACAUGCAAUUGGGUGAUACCUAUGCAAUGUUGGGCCAACUUGAGAACUCAAUUAUUUCUUAUACCACCGGUCUGGAAAUACAAAGGCAAGUCCUGGGAGAUAGUGACCCCAGAGUCGGUGAGACCUGUCGAUAUCUAGCUGAAGCUCAUGUUCAGGCUUUGGAGUUUGAUCAAGCUGAGAAGCUUUGUCAGUUGGCUCUUGACAUACAUAAAGAGAAUGGUUCACCACCUUCCCUAGAGGAGGCAGCAGACAGGAGGCUGAUGGGACUAAUUUGUGAGUCAAAAGGAGACCAUGAGGCUGCUCUCGAGCAUCUUGUUUUGGCUAGUAUGGCGAUGGUGGCCAAUGGUCAAGAAGCGGAAGUGGCAUCUGUUGAUUGUAGCAUUGGAGACACAUAUUUGUCUCUGAACAGGUAUGAUGAAGCCAUUUUCGCUUACCAAAAGGCACUCACAGCUCUCAAGUCUAGCAAAGGAGAAAACCAUCCUGCUGUUGCUUCCGUUUUUGUCCGUUUGGCUGACUUGUACAACAGGACGGGAAAGCUAAGGGACUCAAAGUCAUAUUGUGAGAAUGCCCUCAGGAUAUAUGGGAAGCCCAUACCUGGGAUUGCUCCAGAGGAGAUUGCUUGUGGUCUUACAGAUGUUUCUGCCAUUUAUGAGUCGAUGAAUGAGCUUGAUCAGGCGCUCAAGUUGCUACAGAGAGCGCUAAAGAUUUAUAACAAUGCCCCCGGGCAGCAGAAUACCAUAGCAGGAAUUGAAGCCCAAAUGGGGGUAAUCUAUUAUAUGUUAGGAAAAUAUUCUGAAUCUUAUAACUCCUUUAAAAAUGCAAUUUCAAAGCUCAGAGCAAGUGGAGAGAAGAAGUCAGCCUUCUUCGGAAUUGCCCUUAACCAAAUGGGGCUUGCUUGUGUACAGCGUUAUGCGAUAAAUGAGGCAGUCGAGUUAUUUGAAGAAGCAAGGGGCAUUUUGGAGCAAGAAUAUGGACCCUAUCACCCGGAGACAUUGGGAGUGUAUAGCAACCUUGCUGGCACCUAUGAUGCUGUGGGCAGGUUGGAUGAAGCUAUCGAAAUACUGGAAUACAUUGUUGGGGUGAGAGAGGAAAAGCUAGGGACGGCAAAUCCAGACGUCGAUGAUGAAAAGAAGAGGUUAGCUGAGCUACUGAAGGAGGCUGGCAGGUCUCGAAAUAGAAAAGCCAGAUCACUGGAGAAUCUACUCGACGCUAAUCACCGUCCUAAUACUAUAAAUAAUGAUGGCAUUAAAGUAUGAUUAUGAAACAAUGUACAUGAAAUUUUAUAUUUUGAGUAUAUUUAUUCAAGAGUCAAGAAAAAGAAAGAAAAAGGUAUAGAUGAAGGUUUUGUUAAUCAGAUUCUUGUUCUGGCGUUGAUUGGCAUAACGCUGAAUGGGUUGUCAAAACUGGUCUUGUUUUGUUUUUAUUUUCAUUGAUAAAUUUAGUGUGCGCAGUUGUAACUCUGUAAUCAUUUGUAUAUCUUAUAGAAGGAAUGAAUAAUACUUUUUACAGCAUCGCUGUUUUUGAGCAUU